CCGCCGACAUCGACUCAAUUCUUGUUCUUCUGUUGAUUGUUGAUUCUCUGUACAUGCAAAAUGGGAACCUGCUUCUCUUCCGAGGAAUUGAUGUCCGAAUCAACGCAUCACGCAACUGCUCAUGUUGUUUCAGUCAAUGGCGAUCUUCACAGAUAUAACCUCCCCGUCUUCGUCUCUCAGGUUCUUCACGCCGAAACUGCUUCGUCUUCGUCUUCUUCUGAUAUCUUCCUUUGCAACUCCGACAGUUUGUCAUAUGAAGAAUACAUCCCGGCCUUGGAUGUCGACGAUCAGCUGCAAGCCAAUCAGAUGUACUUCGUGCUCCCUAUUUUGAAGCUCCAGCAUCGAUUGGCCUCCAAGGACAUGGCGGCUUUGGCCGUCAAAGCCAGCCUUGCUAUGGAAAACGAUUCCAAAAACUACUCUAAUCGCCGCAAGAAGGCUCGGAUUUCACCCGUGACGGUCGCCGCCGCCUAUCAAUCGCCUUCCGAUUCUGUUGGUCCCGGCGCCAAGUCCUUCUCGAAACCGCAACCUCGGCAGCCCGGGAUGUCGAGAUCGGGUUCCAUUAGAAAAUUCCAGAGAUACACCUCCAGACGAGCUAAAUUGGCCGUUCGAUCUUUUAAGCUGAGAUUGUCCACCAUUUACGAAGGUUCCGUUCUGUAAUCUCUCUACGGAUUGAUCAACCUUUUCAUGCUAAUUUUUUUUCAUGAAUUACAAUGUAAAAUUUACUUUUAAUUCAUUCACUACAUCCAACCCUUUUCUGUA